AUGGCUUUCCUUUUCAAGAGCAAGAAGAACGCAGACAAAGCCCAAGCUACCAGAGAUGUUGCAGGAUCGCAGGCCUCAAUGAAUUCGGCCCCAACGCCUCGCACAAAUGAAAAGGGAGCCGUACAGGCGUCGACGCCGGCGAGCAGCGUGAACAAUUCCAUCACUUCACUUCAAGGGGCUGGAAAUGCGACUCCGAGUCCAGAGCAAGCGAACGGGCGCCGAGGGCCAAAUCCAAAUCCUGAACCUGCGCAGGACCUACCAUUACGCAACGGGACCACUCCUACACGGCCAGUGACUUCGAACCCGAAUGCCUCCCUAUAUCCCUGGUCUCAGCGGACAUUAACAUAUACGACCUCGCAUCCAAGUCCCUUCCCUCGAUAUGGCGCGGCCGUUAAUUCUGUGGCAUCGAAAGAAGGCGACAUUUAUUUAAUGGGGGGUCUCAUCAAUAGUUCGACAGUAAAGGGGGAUUUAUGGAUGGUCGAAGCAGGGGCAAACAUGGCCUGCUAUCCUUUAGCAACAACAGCUGAAGGUCCAGGUCCAAGAGUUGGUCAUGCCAGUCUGUUGGUCGGGAAUGCGUUCAUUGUGUAUGGUGGAGACACCAAGAUGGAAGACUCGGACGUCCUUGAUGAAACGUUGUAUCUCCUCAAUACUUCAACCCGACAAUGGUCAAGAGCCGUUCCAGCAGGACCCCGUCCGUCCGGAAGAUACGGCCACUCUCUGAACAUUGUUGGAUCAAAGAUUUAUGUUUUUGGCGGCCAAGUAGAAGGCUACUUCAUGAAUGAUCUUGUGGCAUUCGACUUGAAUCAACUGCAAAACCCCUCCAACAGAUGGGAAAUGCUCAUUCGUAAUACCGAUGACGGAGGCCCACCAACGGGACAAAUUCCACCAGCAAGAACAAACCAUUCUGUAGUGACAUAUAAUGAGAAGCUUUAUCUGUUCGGUGGGACCAAUGGCUUCACUUGGUUUAAUGAUGUCUGGUGCUACGACCCGGUCACAAAUUCCUGGGCCUCACUGGAUUGUAUUGGUUAUAUCCCCGCUCCUCGAGAAGGUCAUGCGGCAGCGAUAGUUGACGAUGUAAUGUAUAUCUUUGGCGGACGCACCGAGGAAGGGGCAGAUCUUGGCGACCUUGCGGCAUUUAGGAUAUCUACCAGACGGUGGUAUACAUUUCAAAAUAUGGGACCUUCCCCGUCGCCACGGUCCGGCCACAGCAUGACGGCGCAUAACAAGCAGAUUGUUGUCCUGGCUGGAGAGCCGAGUACUGCCACUCGUGAAGCGUCGGAUCUGACCAUCGUUUACUUGUUGGAUACUAGCAAGAUUCGAUAUCCAAAUGAUCAACAGAUACAACAAACGCCUUCAGGUGAGCGUGUGGGAGCUGCACGACGUCCCAGCGGAGGGGACAAAGCAGGCAUGGCAGCUCAGCGAGGUUUGACCUCUCGAGAUGGAUCAUCGCUAGCGGAUCCGAAAAGGAUUAAUGGGCCACCUCGUGAGAGUGUUAUGAAUCAAUCUCCAUUCGGUCGAGGAAAUGGGGCUCCUGGAGUCAACGGAAACGAUAGUAAUGGCGUCGCCCCGGGUUCGGCUCAACCCCAAGGGCCACAGGCUGGUGCUCAGGGGAUGAACCCUCAGGUUCAAGGCCUUUCCAAUGGUUCCAAACUACCCAGAGCUGCAGGAGCACCACAGGCUCCGUCCGGUCCGCCACCUUUGCAACAAGCACCAGCUCCUCGCGGACCUCUUGGGCCACCACCUGGUUCGCAACCAGGCAAUAUACCACCACCGCAAGGAAGCAUGCAAAACAAUGGGCGAGGGAAGGGUCCUGUACGACCAGAACGAGGAUAUGGACCAGCGAUUGAAACCAAUUUGCGUAAGCCUUCGAUGGAAAAUAUAUCUAAUCAAAAUCAGGGCCGUACAAUAUCCCCAGCGCCUAGAGAUAGUCCACAAAGAGAAAACCCCGCCGCUAAUGGUCGUCGAACCCCAAAUGAGUCUCAACAGCACCAGAAGAAUGUAUCGGCAGAGAAUGCGCCUCCUGUAAGUAUGACAACAGCUGGAUCGACUCGAUCGUCAUCUAAAUCUAGAUCAACACGACAGCAGGGAUCGCUGGAUAGUACAAAUGAUUCUUCUCUCUCUUCGCUCAGAAAUGUUACAAAUCGCACAAAUUCUCCGCCACCUCCCUCAAGGCAAACGAGCAAUCCCUUAAGUCGCAAGGGUUCGGCACGAAAUUCACAGUCCGUCGCGCUUCUAAAGGAACUCGACAUCGCCAAGAACCGGAAUGCUUGGUAUGCUUCGGAGCUCGAACUGGCUCGGAAGGCAGGUUAUACUCCGAAUCCAUCAAGCAGUCCUCUGCUCGAUCAGCGAGCUGCGGAGUCAUUCGACGACGAUGACAAACCUCUGAUAGAAGCCUUGUUGGCUAUGAAGAAAGAGUUAGCCAAUGUACAAGGAUCAAUUGACAAGCAGGCAGUCAUAGCUGCAAAGCACAUUGCUGAGGUAGAGAAGCAACGGGACUCUGCCAUUAGCGAAGCAGUGUACGCGAAGGCAAAGCUGGCCGCACAUUCUGGUAGUCAAAGUAGCACUCCUCAGCCUGAUACUGAAGUGAGAGAUCUAGGUAUGCUUGCUGGUGACCGAUCGACUGAUAUCAGUAAAAAGCUCGCAGCAGCAUUAGCCGAACAACAUGAGUUGAAAAAUCAGCUAGAAAUGAUGGCUUCGGAGCUCGAUUCUGAAAAGCGUGGGAGGAUGUUGGCAGAAGAUUCUCAGACCUCGAUUCAGCAAAGAAUGACAGAGCUAGAGGCCUAUAAACAACAAAACUCCUCCGAGGUCGAGCUGUUGAAAGCAGAACUGCAUGAGUAUCAGACAAGAGCGCGGGAGGAGGCUAUCACAUGUGCCGAAGCCGUGGCAGCUGUGCAGCUUCUCAAAGCUGAAAAGCAAGAUCUGGAGCGGAAGUAUCGCGAAGCGGAAACUUCAUCGCGAGAUCACAACGACACGUUUGAGUCAUUGAGGGAAGCAAUUACGUCCUCUGCGGAUAUGAAAAAUCUUUUGGAACGGAAACUUGACGAAGAGCGGGCGCAACGAGAAACGGUCGAAAGCUCGCUCGCCAAGCUCAAAAUGGAACACGACCAGCGCACCUCCGAGCUCGAGAAUGCGACCAGAAGACUCAAGCACGCAGAAGACCUAGCCGAACAGUACGCCAACGAAGCUCGUACACAUCGGCAGGCUGUCCUCAACGGACUUGACAAGGUUACAACCCGGGAUCUUGCUAAUCAAAGCUCAACGACAGAUGAGAGAGGAGUUGCCUUAACAGCGCAGGUAGCUGCUGCUAAUGCUCUAGCUAGGAAAUACCAAACAGCCGCCAAUACAGCUUCUGAAAAACUGAGGAGUGCCGAAGAACGCAUCGCUGGUCUUGAAGCAUACCAAGAACAAGCCAGCCGGGAAGGUAUGUCGAUCCGCAAGCAACUUCAAUCAAACAUGCGCGAGAUCCAGACUCUUCAGGCUGCUAAUUCCGACCUGAAACAUAAACUUGCUAGCCAACAAUUGGAAAGUAAUGCUGUCAGCGUUCAGCACAAUACCUUGAAAGAUAUCUUAGGCGAGCGUGGUAUCAGUCCUGCUGGCGCGGCCCGCACGCGGGGUCUUUCUAGUCCGCAAUCAGGAGCUAACACACCUGACGGGGCACGUCUUCGUGAGUUGGAGCAGCAACUUGCUGCCAUGAACGAAGAUCAUCAGAACGCAAAACAAAUGUAUGAAAGUCGUGAACAGGACGCCGAAGCUGCAUAUCGGGAGAAGCUUGGUCAACUAGAGCAUGAUUAUCAAUCCGCCGUCCAUUAUGUGAAGGGGACUGAAAAAAUGCUUAAACGUAUGAAAGACGAAUUGUCCAAAUAUAAGUCCGAUAACACUCGCAUGAAAGAUCAGAUCACGGAACAUGAGGAGCGAGCAAAUACUAGAUCUGCCGUUCCUGCCGAAUGGGAAGGAGAGCGAGCCUCUUUGAAGAAACAAAUCGAGUCUUUGCAGGUCGAGAUUCAAUCCACAGGCCAGCAGUUAGAACGCCAGAUGGCGGAAGUUCGAAGCCAGCUAGCAUCUGUUCAACAAGAGCGAGAUCAUCUUCGUUCGAGCCAUCAAGAAACUCAACGAGAAUUAACUUCAGCAAAGCAAGCAAGGUCUGAGCUUACACAGCUACAACAGGAAAACACGCUCCUUGAGCGAAGAGCUCAAGAUGCUGAGCAAAAAGUUUCACUUCUUCUCGAUCAGGUUGAACAUUCCGUCGAUAACUACAGACGGCAGUCAAGGCAGGUAGAGCCAGCGGGCUCCGUCCCCACGCACCAGAGAAAUAGGUCCCUCUCCGCUGCCGAAAGUGUCUCUGAAGCCUCUCUGUAUGGAAAUGACAAUCGUAAUUCUAUGGCGCUGGACAGUCUCGCUAGCGAGUUAGAGACGUUGCGAACACACUGGGAGACUACGAACAAGAAUUAUCGAUUGAGUAACACUUUUGACUUUGAAGAACGAACCCCGGCCACGAAAGCUGACGAAGGAAAGGCUGAAGGGCUCAGCGGCAGUCUUGCAGACUGGCGUAAAAGAUUAGAUGCGGAAGAGGAGGCUUCACGUAGUCGGAAGGAUAGCGAAGUGCUGAGCCCGGGAGGGAGCAGAAGGGAAAUGAGCCCAAGCGGCAAGGAAGUGGGCGCCAGUGUCCAAAAUACUGGAGUCAACGUAAUAUGA